AUGCAAAGAAUUAAAAAGAAGUUGUUUUUUUCGAUUCCAAUUCUUUUAAUCUUAUUUUCUUGGAGCAAGGGUGGCACCGUUUUUGGUUGCUAUGAGACUGCUUUAGCAUUUAAAAAUACAUGCAACGGUGCACCUUACUAUGCUGAGGAUUGGAAUACCUUUGUGACAAGGGAUGUCACUUGCAAUCAAAUGUAGAUUUGUCCUGUUGGAAGUACUGGAACUGCUCCUAACUGUACUUGGAAGAGAAAACUCUGUGUUACAUGCUCACAGCAAGAUGGCUAAUUAUUCAUGAGAAUCUAAUCUAAUGGUCUCCCUGACCAUUGCGUUCCAGGAAAAGUUGCCCUUUAGGAAAGAGUAAUAGAUGUGAAAUUUAGAUUUGAUCCUCCUCCAGUAACAUUCUUCCAAAAGCCAAGUAACGUUGAUGCCUUAAAUCACAUGAUUUGUGACUUCGACUCUUCUUCUGAAAGCAACUUACCUUCAGACAGUAUGUUUAGAAACUAUGGAGAAAAAACAAUUAGUAUAAUCAAUAUGGUAGGCAUUGCUGCCAAUGGAGUUCCCAUGUAUAACGGAAAUUCCCCUAGAAAUACUGAUUAUUUCUACCCUAAGGACUGGGCAGGCAGCAACUAAAAGAAUGUAGAUUAGGAUAUUGAUGCUUGUCUGGGAGCAAUACAGCCUGAAGAUGGAGUUUAUCACUAUUGGUUUCUACCUCCCUGUCUUUAUCACGCAGAUAAGAUUUAAACUAGCAAGUACUGUGACAAUGUGACUGAUUGUUUUACCGAUAUGGCUAGCUAUUCUAAGAAAAUUUAUACUGAUUUCUCUAACACUUGGACCCUGAUUGGAAUGGCAAAAGAUGGACACAAAAUUAUAGGGCCAUACACAGCUGGUAACUCUGAAUUCGAUUGCCAAGCUUUAGAUAUUUGUAAUGGAAUAAGAGAUUCUUCUUCAGGGAACUACACCUAUGUUGCAGUCACUACUUUUCCUUAUGUCGUUGGUUGUUAUGGGCCUGGUGCGUAUGUCACUUUCAAUAGUGUUUGCUCGAAAAACGUUUGUUCCUUUGGUUCAAGCUUGUUCAAUAAUCUCAUUCUGUUUGGGUUGUUAGCAAUAUUAAUGCUACAUAGCUUUUACUGA